GUAUUAUUUCUAAUUUUAUUGCAUUCGAUUUCAAAUCUUAUGAUUCCCAUCGCGUAUUGUACAGGAUCACAUGACUUUUUGUCACGUGAGAUGUGUCACGUGUUAAAUGUAUGUAGUUAUGUGGGAUGUGCAGCAGAUAACCUAAUUUAUACUUUUGUAUAUAUUAAUAUAAAAAAAAAAGAUGGAUAACGCUGAGAAUUCCAGUUUAUACGGUCUUUUUCAAGAAUCGUUAACAGACGAUAAUCUUUUUAUGAUUGGAACAAGCGUAGAUACAGGUUUUGAAUGGGAAGCAAUCGAUGAAUGUAGAGAGAAAAUAAAUAAACGUCUUCACGUUGUUAAAGAACGUGGAAACAUUUAUUUCAAUGUCCCUUGGGAUCAAUUUGUUAAGGUACAAGAAAUGAGAUCUAUAGAUAACAUAUUUAUAGUUGGAAGCAUACUUAAACUUAUGUUUGAUGGAAUCAAUAAAGAAGCCGAUUUAAAAUUAUGUACAAAUGUUGUACAUAAUAAUGUGAAGUUGGAAAAGGCAUUAAAUGCUUGGAAAAGCAUUACUCAAUUCCCAGGAAAAGUCUAUCCAACUAUUAAUGAAUAUGAAGAGGCACUAAAACAUGAUAAAAUUUUUGAUAACUUAAAAUCUACCAGUUCUAAAAUCAGAAAAAGAGGACAGAAUCCGGCUGAUGCAGAAAUUAAUGAUGUUUUAAGAUAUAGAGUAACUUGUGAAAGAAUUGGUACACAUAGCUUUGAAUCUCCUGAAGCUGCUAGAAUUAUAGGAGGAGAAUUACAAGAUAAAUAUCAUUGGCUAGUUGAUUUAUCUACAUAUCACUUGGAAAUAAUCUGUAAAAUAAUUAAAAAUGAAAUAGUGACACAACUACGUAUUACACAUGAAUCUAAACAUCAUAGAAAUAUUAUGCAUUUUGGACCAACUACACUAAGAGCUACCAUAUGUUACAACUUAUUAAGAUUGGCACGUCCAAAUCCAGGGGAUAUCAUAAUUGAUCCUAUGUGUGGAAGUGGUUCUAUUCCUAUUGAAGGAGGAUUAGCCUAUGAAAAUUCAUACAUGUUAUGUGGAGAUAAUCAUACAAAGGCUGUGCUAAGAUCAAAAUCUAAUAUAAAUAUCUCCUGUCUUAAAUCUAAAGUCGAUUUAACACAGUGGAGUGUUUCUUAUUUACCACUUUUAAAUUCUUCUAUUGAUAUUGUUGUAACUGAUAUGCCUUUUGGGAAACGCAGUGGUAAAAUAUCAGACAAUAGAGUGCUUUAUAAAGAGUUCUUACUGCAGUUAGGCCGAGUUGUAAAACCUAUUACUGGUCGAUUAGUAUUGCUAACGUAUGAUAGACGUAGUUUUCAUCUAGCAUUACAAAGAGCUGGUAACUUAUUCAGAGUAACAAAAAUGUUAGGUGUUAAUGUAGGAGGACUACAUGCUGCUGUAUAUGUAUUAAAACGAACAAAAAUAGAAUAUAAGUAAUUAAAAAGACAUACGAGUAACGAACAUACGAUUACAAAACAAUAAAACUAAUUAAUUUUUUAAACAAUUAAAUUUUUGUUUAAAAAUCUA